UUUUCCUCUCUUUUUUAAUUCUACCGUUCGUCUGCUCAUUUUCCAAAUGGAACCCAGUUCACAAAGUUGCCUACCACCUCCCUGUAUGGAUGCCUUAUUUUUAAGGAUUGUAUUAGAUUGGCAGGAGUUUUAAAUAAAUCUACCCACGAUAUUUGAUGCGUCUGAAUUUCCUGGAGAAGCUACAGCCUUUAUAUCUAGAUAUAUUCAUAUAUGUGUAUUUGUAAUUCAAAUGACGAUUUUGUGGGAUUUUUUUCUAUUUUUUUACUUCAAGAAGACAGAAAGUUGGAUGUCGAAUCUUACAAGGAGAGAAGAGUAUACUCCCUCUGUUUUUUAUCUGUUUAACUUUGUGCAUGUAACAGUGGCAUAAAAGAGGAUCUCCUUUUCAAACAUGUAUGCAUCACCUUUAUGUCUGACACAGGACGAGUUUCAUCCUUUCAUUGAGGCUCUUCUCCCUUAUGUACGAGCCUUUGCCUACACCUGGUUCAACCUUCAAGCACGAAAACGGAAAUACUACAAAAAGCAUGAGAAGAAGAUGACGAAGGAGGAAGAGCGAGGGGUGAAAGAUGAGCUACUAAAUGAAAAGGCAGAAGUUAAGCAGAAGUGGGCAUCCCGUUUGCUAGCAAAGCUACGCAAGGACAUCCGGCCAGAAUUCCGCGAAGACUUUGUGUUGUCUAUUACAGGCAAAAAGGCUGCAAGCUGUGUCGUUUCCAACCCUGAUCAGAAAGGCAAGAUACGGCGAAUUGACUGCUUGCGGCAAGCAGACAAAGUGUGGAGGUUAGACCUUGUGAUGGUCAUUCUGUUCAAGGGUAUUCCACUGGAGAGCACAGAUGGGGAAAGACUGGUGAAAGCCAGCCACUGCUCUAAUCACCAGCUUUGUGUGCAGCCUCAUCACAUCAGUGUUUCUGUUAAAGAACUAGACCUUUACCUGGCCUAUUUCAUUCGAGAGAGAGACUCAGAACAGAAUAGCAGCCCUCGCACGACUAUAGGAUCAGAUCUGGAGGACACUAAGCCCAUCAAUUUGGAUAUUACAGACUUCCAGGAGAGUUUUGUCACUUCUGGAGUUUUCAGCGUCACAGAAUUAAUUCAGGUGUCUAGAACCCCAGUUGUGUCUGGCACAGGCCCAAAUUUCUCUCUGGGAGAGUUACAAGGACACCUGGCAUAUGAUUUAAACCCUGCAGGCACUGGGAUGAGGAGGACACUCCCCAGUACAUCAUCCAGUGGGAGUAAGCGGCACAAAUCUGGCUCUAUGGAAGAUGACAUUGAUACCAGCCCUGGGGGGGAAUACUACACAUCGCCCUCAUCACCGACUGGAAGCAACCGUAAUUGGACAGAAGAUGUGGAAGGUGGAAUGUCUCCCACUGUGAAGAAAUCUGAAUUGGACAAAUCGCCAUUUCACAGCCCAUCUCCUCAGGACACUUCACCAAGAAUUAGUGGCUUCACUCAGCACCACAGGCCGGUUAUUGCUGUUCACAGUGGUCUUGCUCGCAGUCCCCAUACCUCCACUACUUUGCACUUUCCCACCUCUUCUCUCCUCCCCCAAGCUUCCUCCUACUUUCCUCACACUGCAAUCCGAUAUCCCCCCCACCUUAAUCCACAGGACCCCCUUAAAGAUUUGGUGUCCCUUGCUUGUGAGACCUCUAGCCAACAGCCUGGUCCGCUAAAUGGGAGCGGUCAGGUGAAGGUUUCGAGUCACUAUAUCUCCACGCAGAUGUUGGCCCCACCUCCUCCUGGAAUGCCUCGUCUUUCUUUAUCAUCUGACACCAAAUCUACAACUGCAUCUGAUGGCAGCACCUCCUCACCAACAUCUCCAACAUACUCUGCCCCCAGUACACCACCAACCAACCGAUCAUUUGUGGGACUUGGACCCCGUGAACCUGGGAGCAUAUAUCAGGCACAAUCCUGGUACCUUGGAUAGUGACCUUGACCCAUCACUGCUUUAUUAAAGCCAGUCAUACGGAACACAAAUCCCAGGGACAAUGGAGGAGAAAAAAAAACUUCUUUUGCAAAGAGGCAAAAACAACCCCACCUUACAAAAACUGAGAAAUUCUGGGGAGAAACAGAAAAGCAAGAAGAAGACAGAUAUUCUUACUUAUUCUGGGAUGGCCUUGAAUGUCAAACAAAACACAGCAGGGUGAUGAUGAGAGAAAUGUAAUCCAUAUUCUACCCUCUAUCCAGCUACAAAAUAACAGAACACAUGCACGCAGGGUAGAUUGGGAUAUGGCGUAAAUUGCCCCCAUUUUCAAGUCAGAAAUAUUAUUAUGAGAUAUGAUACAGUAUAUAUAUAUGUACAUAUACAUAUGUAACAGAUACUAACAUAUUAAUGCAAUAACACUAUUGUCAAAAACUACAAGUGUUAAACUCAAUGCCUAUUUUAAACUGUUACUGUGGAUGUCUGUAUGUCUGUGCACACACAUUAUACAUAUAUAUAUAUAUAUAUAUAUAUAUAUAUAUAUAUAUAUAUAUACAGUAUAUAUACAUCUGUUGCCCUCUAAAAGUUCUUGAAGGGGGACUGGAAAGAUAGAGGGCCUAAGGUUUACUUCCCAAAUAUACACUUCUCUGUUGGCUUCCCAGUGUAUGUAAGGCAAGAGUGGACUAUUAUUUAUAGCGUAGUAGUCAGUGCUUUAUUAUGACAGAGGCCCUCUUAGUCAUAUGCAACUAGACGUUCUAUCUCUAGCUCUUCUCCUCAGUUUUUCUGGUGACGGCCCUGCUCACUCAGCCAAAUGACCUGCAUGGUGCUUUCUCCUGCACACCCAGUCUGAGAUCAUCUAGCCAGCUUUUGGCUGAAGACCUGCAUGGCAGAUUUAUAUAUUGCACUAUGCCCUUUGUAUAUGGAUUUUAUAAAUGCCUAUUCCCAUUUGCCAUGGAUGAAAACCUGAUUACAACUAGUCUUGUAAAAGGUUAUAGAGGUAAGAAGUUUUAACGAAGGCUUUGUGGAAUACUGUCCCUAUGGGAACAUCCUUGUGGCCAGUAGAAAGUUCCAACAUGGUCAUAAGACAAAAUUCUUUUAUUCAGAUUUGUUGGCUAUGUUAGUACUUUUUUCAUGUCAUAUUGUAAAUUACCAGAAAUUAGGGGAUCCUCCAAGAAAAUGUCUGUAUUUAGAUGUAAGAGCAGCUGUAAGGAUCCCCUCAUGGGAUAACUAAAAUGUGGGGCUGCGUGGUGUGCUGCUGUUUGUUGGAAAGAUUUUAAAAAAUUGUAUAGCAUUUGAAGAGAAAAACAAAAAAACACUAGUAAAGUGUCAAUAUAUAUAAAUAUAUAUAUAGCAUUAAAUAUGUACAAAUGAUCUUUUUUUUCCCUUAUUUGCACGGAAUUUUCUAUCACAUUAUGUGCCUUGCCUUCUGACAAAUGAUGAAAUAACCACUGCUCAUUUGCUGCAUGCUAUUAUUCAGUAUACAGAAGAUAUAAAAUAUGUACAGACAUUAAACAGUUAAUGGUUUUAUUUUAUGUUAACGUUUUCCUUGCUUUUCCCACUUCCUUUAUGAUCCAGCACUUUUCCAAUACCCCAUCAAUCUUUCAUUCAGAGAGAGGCUGUUAACAUUAAACAGGCUUGAGCUGGUGUAUGUGGCAUUUAGGUACUAGAGUAAGGUUAAGCAGCAACGGUGAAAAUCACUAUUGCUGAUGCGUGACUUUGUAUGUUGAAGCCUAUUUCUAAGUAGUUCAUGCAAUGAACUGCUUCCCAAUUUUUAUGUAUUUAACCACGUCAAGGCUUGCAAUAUUUUUAUUAGGGAACCCUGACAGGGCAUAACCACAGGAACCAAUCAAAUGUUUGUUUUAUUGUUCUACAUGCACCUGGAUGGAAAAACCUAAUCGCUGAUUAGUUGAUAUGGGUUACUGCCUCGGUGCAAAUUUGACCUGUGUUUGCCCCGUUUGCAGUGGGUUUUGCUUCUUGUAGUUUGCUUAUUAAAAUUUCUGGCGGGGCUGCUGGGAUAUCUGCUGAGCUCACCAUAUAGUAAUGUAGUAGUAAUGCAUAUUUUUGCCAGUAUAUAAUAUAUGUUUUUUAGCACAAUAUAUGACUUGAGCUGUGCACAGGUAAAACAAUGUGAAGGUUUUGUGAACUAAAAUUGUGCCAGACAUAAGCAAUUCAGUAUAAGAUUGUAUGUAAGCAGUUUUUUGCAAAUAAAUGGCCAUAUUUACUAAAAGAGUGGAAAAUGCAAAUUAAUUGGCACAAUAAUUAGCACAAUGUGCCAUAAUUAUUUCUCAGAUUUCCCCCCCACACACACACACAUUCAGGAAAAACAAAAAAUUUUAUUUUGUAAAUUGGAUGCAAAAGGAUGUAAAUCACAUCUGCAAGUAAUGGGUCCACAAGGGCAGGACAUGGAUGUGGGCUUAUACAACCAUUACCUUGCAUAAUAUCAAGUAUCUAUGGUUCUACUGCCAGGUCAAGGCUGAUUCUAGUAGCCGCCUCCCUCGCAUCAUAUGCUUCAGAUCAUGUGCAACUAGCAGAUUAGUUCAUAGCUAAUCGAAUUUAUGGGUCAGUGAUAUGGGGAGAUACACAAAAAGCUAAACUUGACGAUUUCCUUUGGAUUCAAAUCCAAACCGUAUAACUAUAUGAGCAGGUGCAAGCAAUGCCUGUGCUAUUUACAAGACACAAUUCUGCACCCAGUUUUGAGCUUUACCUGGAGAUUGCGCCAUUGGUCUUCUGGCUGCUACACUUUUUCUGAACAAUACCGUCACAUUGCUUUCAUUCUGUGUUGUUCUUUUCAUGUGCUUUUCUAUAUAGUAAUUUGCACUUUAUUGGCAAACUCUGGAAGUUUAAAAAAAAACAUGGUUCAUGGUUUUGAAGAGAUAUAUUUUGUAAUAUUUUGUUACAUUUUAUCAUUUUAGAAAGUAGGUAUUAUGUGCAAGUGCUAUAUUCAGUUUAUGCUACCCAACUUAUCUAAAGUUGCUAAAUAUUAAGAAGUAUAUCUUAGCUUAUAUGAAACAUAUAAUAGCCUAUGCUUAAGCCUACCUAAUAUACAGUAUAUUUCAAUACUGGUCCCCAAAAGCUGACUUUAUGCUCUUCAUAUGCCUAGCCCAAUAUGGCACUCCAACACAAAUGGCUGCUACACAUUUGAGCCUCCGAGUCCUGGGUUUUUUAUGUUGAACAUUUUUAAAAAAUUGUGUAGAGGUGUUAAGUUUUGUAGAUGUGAUGCAGUAUUAACCCACAACCAUUCAAAAAGCUGUAGCCUUUAUUUAGCUUCAGACUUUAAGCUGGAAUAUGUAAUCAUUGUGGGUUCCUUGUGGGGUAUAUAUUAUAGUCCUUAGAAGUGUAGCACAUGCAGAGCUUCUAAGGACAUUUUCAAGUACAUCUUCAGUGCAGCAGUUUACAAAUCAAUGAGUAGGAAAAUGGAAGGGGACAGGGGGAAUUUAGAGUUGUGACUGUUGAUAAUGCCAUCUACCAGCAACUGCCAUUAGGAAAAAGGCCUACUGAACAUUCAGCAUUUUGACUACCCCAGUAUUCUGAGAGGCAAUAUCAAAAUGUCUUAUUCCAAAGGACAGAAAGUGAGUUUACUGUAGGAAGCGGCUGCUAUAGUUCUCCCUUAAGGGUGCAACGAAGGUCAAAAUGCUGCAUGGGCUGUAGGGCCAAUGGAUAUACUUAAGUAAGCUAAUUCUGGGCCACUCAUAAAGAGUUGAUGAGCCUUUUUAAGCAGGCUCUCAGGUGAGCCAAGAGUGCCCUAGUCUCAUUUUUAGUAUAUUGCAGAUCUUUAGUCUAAAGUAAUAAGUCAGGUUAACUGCCUCUCUCUUACAUCAUACUAAUUCAGUCUUGGCUUUAUAUUUGAUUUUUAUUGCUGCUUUUUACAUUCUUCCCUUUGUUAUAGGAUGCUUACAGAAAAGCAUAUUUCAAGGUAGUUUAGAAACCAAUUGCUAGCUACAAUCCUUGUUUUUCUUGUAUUGCUUCUCUUAAUCACCUUACUCCCUAAAUUUCCAAAUUCUUCAUUAUGGUAUAUGUAAAUAAAUGUCAGCAUCUCAGUCUUCACCCUAUUAUUACAUGAAAUAUAUAAACCCAGGACUGUGUGAUCCUGACCUUAUUAACCUACAGUUUUACAUUUCAUCUCUUACUUGUCCUCUUCCCAUUCCCAUAUGUGGCAAACAUUAUACAAAUAUUUUCUGCAUUUUUUCUAUAGUGUCUUCCAAAGCCUCCAAAUAUAUGCAACUUGUUGUGUGUCCUAAACCCUGUGAGUGAAUGGGGAGAGGAUGUGCCCCUUAACUUGCCACGGAUCAUAUUUACUAGGUAUGGGGUGGGUCUGCAAGGGUGAAAAGGAGCAAGAUUUGUGUAUUCCGUUAAUAAACCAAAUUCAGGGUACUCCUCUCCCCAAAACUUUUAUAGGGCUAAAAUCAACCUCAAUGCUGUUGAAAGGGACUUCAUGAAAACAUUGCAAUCAAUUUUGACUGCAUUUAGGUUAAACAAUGGGUGAUUACUUUUUGUUGAAUUUUAAAUACUUGGGUUUUUAAUCUGUAUAGUUUUUCAUGCAUAGAGAUCUCCUUUCUUCUGUUGUUUUAUUUUGGGAUUUUUGGGGGAGGAAAUGCGUUACCCUAUUUUUUUAACAAUGGACAAAAUGUUUCUUUUGUAAGCAAUCA